AUGAACGCCACAUCUUCCAGGUCACAUGCGGUCUUCACCUUGCAGGUGCGGAUGGUGACGUCUCGGCCUGGCGGACACACUGAGAGCCAGGCGAAGAUGCACUUCGUGGACUUGGCUGGAAGUGAAAGGCAGAAAAAGACCGGAGCGGCAGGCGAGCGACUCAAGGAAGGAAUUGGCAUCAACUUGUCCUUGACCACCUUGGGGAGGGUGAUCUCUGAACUGACCAAGCCUGGUGCAAGGAGUGUUCCUGCCUUUCGUGAAUCCAAGCUUACACUCCUUCUAAAGGAUGCUUUGAUGGGCAACAGUCGCACGGAGCUUCUUGCAUGCAUCAGCCCGUCGCUGUACAACCUGGAGGAAACUGUGAGCACCCUGGAGUUCGCAGCCAGAUGCAAGCUUGUAAAGACGAGCGCCGUGAAGAAUGAACAGAGCAAGACGGAUGUCAUCCAGAGACUCACUGACGAGAAGGCUGUCAUAGAAGAGCAGCUCAGACAGGAGAAGCUUCAAAGAGAAGAGCUCUGUCGUCAGCUCCAGGCUUUGGAAGAAAAGCAGAAGGCUGCAGAACGAGCACUGGAGGAGAAGAAGGAGAUUGAAGAAAGGCUGAGGCAAAGCUUCAUGUUAGCCUUAGACGAGAAACAAUGGACCGAGGCUGAGAAGGAGCAACUCCGCCAGGAGAAGGAGACCGCAGUGAAGACUGAGGCUGUUCUCAGCAAACGUUUGGCUGAGCUUGCUCAGCAGGAGCAGCAGCAUCGUGAAGAGGCAAGAAAGGAGUUAGAACUGCGGUGUUGCCUUGAAGAAGAAUGGAAGCAGCAAAAGGACCGAGAAGCUGAGCUCCAAGCGCAGCUGGAUGCACUGAAAGGAUAUCAAGAGAGCAUUGCCCUGGAUGAGUCGCAACUGGCUGCAAAGCGUCAGGAGCAGCAACGUCAGAGAGAGGCAGAACUUGCGAAGCUGGGGAUGCAUUUUGUCGGGAUGGAUCUUGACGAUGUGCCAAAGGCACCAAAGCUUGUCAAUUUGCACCCUGACCCUGCUCUAAAGGGCUGCCUGGUGUACUACCUGCCAAUGGGUGAGACUCGGAUCGGCGCUGACCCAGUGCGCUGUCGUGUGGCGCUUUCCGGCCUCAACGUGGCUUCAGAGGUUUGUGCAGUGGAAAAUGCAGACAAUGUGGCACUUUCCGUCAGAUCGCUGGGCGCAGGGUUGGUGCGAGUUAAUGGAUGCAUGGUUCCAGAGGCUGGCAGGUCGCUGCAAGAUGGUGACAGGCUUGCCAUUGGCCGUGCCUACAUUUUCCGAGUACAGGUUCCAGAAGCUGGAGCAGCAAAAGUGGAAGUCCUUUCCCAAACUUUUCUGGACGACUCUGGUCUGGUUGUAGUCUUUCUUUCCAAGGCUCCUUCGGAUGACUUUGAGCACGCGGUGGAGGAGAUUUCAGCAUGUGCCCAAAUCAAUCCUGAAUGGGAGAAUGGCGUUCAAAAGGCCUUGCUAUUGGUGAAGAGCGAUUUUGGGGAUGAAGCUGCCAGCAAGCUGCUUGAGCAGGCCGGUGUCGAAGUUCUACAACCUUUCCUAAAACGUUCGAUGUUAUUUUUUCUAAAAAGAACCAAAUCAAGGAAGCUUUACUGA